UGAUAAUAGUAACAAAUGCAAAGGAGAGGGCGAGAAAUCGCAGUUUUUGUGCUGAGAGAGAGGGUUCUUCCUCCAACUAAGAUCCGUUCCCGUCUCAUUCUACUUCUACCCAGAGAAACCCUAACUCAUAUAUUUAUUAUUUCUCUUCUUUAUCUUUUAAUUUACCGAUUUGUUUAUUUGUUCAUCCCUUUCUUUGGUUAUACACUGAUCAAUCUCUGCAGUCUGCACUUUGUUUUAUCACUCUAAGAAGGCAAAAAAAGAAAAAACCAGGAACCCCAAUUAUCAAUGGUCACUGCUGCUAAAUCUUCAAACCACCAUUCGCCGCCCAGUGCUCCGUCACCGGCGCAGCCCAGCGACGCCAACAGCCCUAAGUUCAGGCGCAAAAAUCUUCCCUCCCCGUGGGUUCAGCUUGUUCACGGUGGCGAGCCCCAACCGGGGAGCGGCAUUCACCAAUCGCCGCCGUCAUCGUCGUCCUCGUCCUCGUCUCUGGUUGCUGACCAAGCCCCAGAGGUGGAUAAUUCUAAUACGGUUGGUGAUGUAGAUAGUUCCGAUGGCGCUGAGGGCAAUGCGGAUCGUUCUAAAAAGCUCGUUUGGAACAAGCCCUCAAACGGCGUUGUCGUCGAGACUGGGCCUGUAAUGGGCGCUGCUGAAUCAUGGCCCACUUUGCUUGCGUCCACCAAAGGUUCUGCUAAAUUGCCUCCUGAAUCGUCCUCCAAUACUGUUAUCGAUUAUGGAUCACUCUCCACUUCUCCUCAGGGGCCAAUGGCUUCACAAUCUCCUCAGAAACAAGCGACCACUAAUGCAAAACCUAAUUCUGCUCCAAAUUAUAAUGUGCCUGGUAGACAAAGAUCAAUGAAGCGGGUAGGUGGCAGCAGCAGCACUGUGUCUGAUCCUUCACAGGGCAACUUCUCUAACCCUCCCCCACCACCGCCGCCCCCGCCUUUUCCUGUAUACCAGCUCCCACCAGUUAGCUAUUGUAAUAUGGUACCAGGGGUCCCUGACCCUGCUCCAAGAGAUCAUUACCGGAACAAUAACUGGGAUGCAGGACCAAUGGUAGGGGGUUUUGUGCCUGCCAUGAAUGGAUAUCGGGGUUCCUCUCGCAGGGGUUAUUUUGGGCCUCAUCCCCGAGGAGAUGGUUCCUAUCAUAAUAGUUAUGGUAGCCGGCGUGAUCAUCAAGAUCGUGGAAAUUAUGUGAAUACUAGAGAUGCAUUUGUUCCUCAACCAAGGAUGCCUCCAAGAGGAUUACCGAGACACACACCACCACCUACUACUGCUGCUGCAUUUGUGGGACCUCAGCCUAUUGGACCAUUUGCUAAACCCAUUGGUUUUCCUGAGUUUUAUUACUACCAACCAGUAACAGUGGAACAGUUUACGGGUAUGUCGUUCUUCGCUCACAGCCCUCCUCCUACACCGUUCUUCUCUGCUGCAGAAUCUCCUCUCUCUAAUAUGAUAGUCUAUCAAAUUGAAUAUUACUUUAGUGAUGCUAAUUUAGUGAAAGAUGCGUUUUUAAGGUCUAAAAUGGAUGAACAAGGUUGGGUUCCUGUUACUUUGAUAGCAGACUUCCCUCGAGUUAAAAGUUUGACAACCAACAUUCAGUUGAUACUCGAUUCGAUCAGGACUUCUGCUAUCGUGGAAGUGCAAGGUGACAAGCUAAGGAGACUUAACGAGUGGAAAAGAUGGUUGUCCUCUACUCAGCGAGGUUCAACAUCUCCCAUUGGAUCAAGAUACAAUAACCUUACAACUAAUCUUCAAACCAUCAAAUUGGAAGAAACAAUUAAAGAUGAAGAUCCAAGAAUGUCAAAUGGUGGUGAUGCUACCGGGAGCAGCAGUGGAAACAACUAAGAAUUAUUUACCAUUGUUACGGUCCAAUUAGAAAAGAGAAAAGUUAAUUAGACAUAAAAUUUUAGAAUUUUGAUUAAUGUGGAUUUAACGAGGUUAUUGGUUUGUAUAGCUUAUAUUCGUUUUGGAUGAUUUUUUCCUGUUUUUUUUUUUUUUUUUUUUUUUAUGGUAGAAUGUGUAGAUAAAUGGCUUAAUGGUGGCAUGAAUUUUGACUUUCUGAUGGGAUGUGAGGAUGGAUGCCUCCAACAAAGGUAACGCGUUUUUUUUUUUUUUAA